AUGCUUUAACUAAAAUUAUAAUAUAAAAAAUGUUAUUUUUUAAUAGAAACAACUGAAACAAAUGUUGAAAUAGAAUCAUCAGAAGAUGAAGCAGAUAUAUAUUUAAAAGAAAGGAAAAAAUAAAUGCGUUAAACAAACUAAGGCAAGAGAACAUAGAGUGGAAAGGGACAAGAAAAUGGGAGAUAAAAAAUAAAGGAAAAAAUUAUAAAAACUUAAGAGGAGUGGAGGAUUCUUUGCUUUGGAUUAAAUAUAUUCACCUUAAGAUUGAAAGAAAGAUUAUUUGAGAAUCUUAAAAAAAUAAAAAUGAAAGAUUUUCAGUUAAAUUAGCAAUGAUGCAUCUUAUAUCUAGAUUGAUUCAUAGACAUAAAUUACUUUUAAUACUUUUUUGUACUUAUAUUUAAAAGAAUUUAUAUUCAAAUAGUUAAGGAUAUAGCAAAAUUAUUUUCUUAUUUAGCAGAAUCUAUAAAUGAUUAAAUUUCAAAAGAAGAUUUAUAACCAACAAUUAGACAUUAAAUUAAUUAAUUUAUUAAUGAUAGAUGUUAAGAAUUAACAUUAACAAUGUGUUUAAGAGUAAUAUAUGAAAUAUAAUAUAAACAUCCAAAGAUUUUAGAUAAAGAUAAUAUAACAUAUUUAAUUUCAUUAUAAAAAAUAUAAAAAUAGAAAUGUAAGUUAAGCAGAAAGAAAGAAACUGAAAUUGAAUAAAAAAUUGAAAAUAUUGAAGAAGAUGAAGAUGAUUAAGAUCAAUAUGAAGAUUAUAUAGAUGAAGAUGAUAUUUCAGAAAUAAGUAAUGAUAGUGUAAAAUCAUAAGAUAAUUAAGAUGAAGAAUGGGAAGAUGAUGAUGAUAUAGAAGAUUAGGAUAUUGAUAAUAUUAAACCUGAUAGUAAAAUCACAAAACAAUUAAAUAAAAAGAGAAGAUAAUCAUUAUCAGAUUUUGAUGAAGAUUCUGUUUAAGAAUAUUAUUAAGAAGAAAGUUAGAUAUCAGAAGAAAAUCCACAUCGUUAUCGUUAUGUAAGAGAGGAAGAUAUUAUGAGAUAUAGAAAAACUAAAUCAGAAUACAAUCAUCAAAAAUUAGAAGAAUUAAAGAAUGAAACUAAAGAAAAAUGGUAUUUCUAUUUUCUAAAUCUAGCUAUCAAGGUCCAAAUAAAAAAAAAUCAGAAUUAGCAUCUACUUCAAAUAAUGAAUAAUUAAAAAAUAAACCAUUAUAAAUGAUGAGAGCUAAAAAAGUAUAAUAAAAAAAUAAAGAAUCAAGAAAAAAAAGCAAAAUUAAAGACUUAAAAAAUAAAAUAAGAUCAUGUUAGAAGUAGAAAAUAACCUUAAAGAAUUAAGAAGUAACAAAUUAAAUGAUUUUAUGUGUAUUAUAUAUUUAUAUACAAAAUCUCAUUAAAUCAAUUCAUUAUUAUAAAUAAUCUAAAAAAAAGACAGAUAUUUAGAAUUCAAAUCGGAAAAUAAUAAAAUGA